AAUAAUACAAGCAUGGAUAUGUGAAAGCAUUGCAAUGCUUUUCCAACCUUCCCAGCUAGCUUUUCUGGAAUUCCAAGAACUGAAUGGCUGUGCUUUCUAGCAGUCCUGUUCUUCCAACUUCUUUACAAUCUUGGAACAAAAUCAUAAAGAAGCAAGUGCUUGAGGGGUGUCACGAGAAAGCUAUUCUAAGUUUCAUACAUAUGCAAGAACUUGGUCAUUUUGCUGAUAAUUUUACAUAUCCCAUUUUGCUGAAAGCAGCUGCAAAUCUUUCGCUGGACAAACUCGGAUUAGCCCUUCAUGGUCAGAUGGAGGAUGCAACGAGUAUCUUUGGUUCAAUGCCUUGUAAGGACCUUUUCUCCUACAACACAAUGGUGUCUGGAUAUGCUAGAAGUGGGAACAUGAUAUUGGCUGAAAAUAUUUUCAACAUAAUUCCAAGAAGAGACACGAUUUCGUGGAACGCAAUGAUUUUAGCUUGUUGUAAUGCUGGAGAAAUGGAGAGAGCAAGGAAAUUUUUCAAUCAAAUGCCCUCGAGAAAUAUCAUCACAUGGAACACAAUGCUUGCUGGCUAUUUAGGCAGGAAUUGCUUUGAUUCUGCGAUUGCUCUGUUUGAGGAAAUGAAGGAAAAGGAGUAUAAUCCAGAUUACUUAACAAUUACCAAUGUAUUAUCUGCCUGUGCCAGCUUGGGAUUGCUCGAAAAAGGUGAAGAAGUGCACAUUUUUGCUCUAGAGAAGGGACUAACAUCAAGUGCACACGUAACAACUGCUUUGAUAGAAAUGUAUGCUAAAUGUGGAAGGAUUCUGAGUUCUUUACAGGUUUUCUAUAAGUCCCAAGUCAUGGAUAUCUAUGGUUGGAACGCAAUGAUUUCAGGGCUUGCUCUUCAUGGUCAAGCAUCUGCUGCUUUUAAACUCUUUGAUGAUAUGAAAGGGAAAGGUUUAAGGCCUGAUGACAUAACCUUCAUUGGCUUGCUUAGUGCAUGUAGUCAUUCAGGAUUAGUACACAAGGGUCUUGAGCUUUUCAGUUCUAUGGAGAAGAAAUGUGCAGUAAACCCAAAGUUGGAACACUAUGGAUGCAUUGUUGAUCUUCUGGGAAGAGCUGGAUUUCUAUGUCAUGCAUUCCAACUGAUUGAGUCGAUGCCGUUCGAACCGGGAAAAUCCAUUGUAGGUGCUUUGCUUGGUGCUUGUGUGAUUUAUAGGGAUACUGAAAUUGGAGAGAAAGUGGUGAAAUUGUUGUUGAAAAGAAAUGGAAGUUUAACUGAUGGGGAGUAUAUGAUGGUGGCUAACUUGUAUGCUUCUUGCAAGAAUCUGGAAGAGGCUAACAGAUGGAUGAAUAUGAUGAAUGCUUCUGGUAUUACCAAGACUGCUGGAUGUAGUAUCAUUCAGGUCAAUGGGGAAAUGUAUAGAUUUGUAGCUGGGGAUAAAAGCAACUUGAUCAAUAGUAAUGCUAUCUAAAUGAGACUCAAAUGUAGAAUCUACGCUGCUCACACAGCCUUGUAGAAAUUUCAAGAAAUCAAAUAGCUCCUAUAUGGUAAAAUUAAAAUUAA